GAGGCAUGGGGCGCAACAGUAGUUUAAAGCCCGUUACUAAUUCGGACUCUUCUGCCAGUUUGAAUAUCGGCGAUUAGCUGACUAAAGUAACCGAUUCACACCGAUGGCGAAGCUUCUCGUUGCCGAAUUAAGAUAGGAUUAAACAGCCUCUGACGGGUCUGCUGGUUUAUGAUGAGCCUGAUGACUGGCUGGCCCAAUACUCACACUGUCUUUGAGAAGACGGCGACGAGGCACAUUUCUCUGGAUUAAGCAAAGACCUUCCUUUCUGAAGGAUUGUGAAACAUGCCCUUGCCAUUUGGCUUAAAACUCAAAAGGACUCGAAGGUAUACAGUUUCAAGCAAGAGCUGUCUUGUCACCCGGAUUCAGCUGCUCAAUGGGGAGUUUGUUGAGUUUACGCUUUCAGUGGAGAGCACUGGACAGGAAUGUUUGGAGGCAGUUGCUCAGAGACUUGAGUUAAGAGAGAUAACGUACUUCAGUCUUUGGUACUUCAACAAGCAGAACCAGCAGAGAUGGAUUGACCUGGAGAAACCCCUGAAGAAGCAGCUGGACAAGUAUGGACUGGAGCCCACCGUUUACUUUGGGGUCGUGUUUUACAUACCUAGUGUCACCCAACUCCAACAGGAGAUCACAAGAUAUCAGUAUUAUUUGCAGCUGAAGAAGGAUGUUCUGGAGGGGCGGAUCCCAUGCUCGAUUGAACAAGCUAUUCGCUUGGCAGGCCUGGCAGUGCAAGCUGAUUUUGGAGACUUCAGUCGAUACGAUUCUCAAGAGUUCCUCCAGAAGUUUGUCCUGUUCCCUAUUGACUGGAUCCAGGAUGAGCGAGUACUGGAGGAAGCCACUCAGAAAGUGGCUCUUCUCUAUCAGAGCUACAGGGGGUUGCCAGCUCCAGAAGCAGAGAUGCUAUACAUGCAGGAGGUGGAGAAAAUGGAAGGCUAUGGCCAAGAGAGCUAUCAAGCCAAGGACAGUACAGGCACAGAUGUCAUCCUGGGAGCAUGUCUGGAUGGCAUCUUUGUAAAGCACAAAAAUGGCAGGCCGCCACUUGUAUUUAGGUGGAACGAAAUUAACAACAUGAGUCAUAACAAGUCGUUCUUUGUCCUGGAGCUGGCCAACAAAGAAGAGAGCGUGCAGUUCCAGACCGAAGACAUGGAAACUUCCAAAUAUGUGUGCCGGAUGUGUCUGGCCAGGCACAAGUUUUAUAAGAUUAACAAGAGUAGCCUCCAAACCCAGCCCGCAGUUGUCAACCCAGUCAGACGAAGAUCCUCCACUAGAAUGUCUCUGCCAAAACCUCCAGCCUAUAUGAUGCCCCCACCUCAAAUGCACUACAAUGGCCACUUCAAUGAGCCUUACACGUCAUCACAAGACAACCUAUACAUGAACAAUCAAAACGGUUACUACUACCACUCCCAGACCAGCCUGGAUCGCUCCCCUUUGGAAUAUGGCACCGGGGGACGUUUACGUAAUGGCAGCGUUUACAGCGCACACAGCACUAGCUCGCUCACCAACCCCCAGCACUACCUCCAGCCCUCACCCAUGUCCUCCAACCCCUCCAUUACCGGAAGCGACGUCACCCGGCCUGAAUACGUCCCCUCACACCGCCACAGCGCCCUGAUUCCACCUUCCUACCGCGCCACACCCGACUAUGAGACAGUGAUGCGGCAGAAGAACCGGGGUGCAGGAGGGGGUAUGGUUCUGGCUCCAGAACACCGGCAGAGCCACUCAAUGAGGAACCUGAACAUUGGAAACUCAUACGCCUACAGCAGGCCAGACCCACUGGUUUACAGCCAGCCGGAGAUCCGAGGGGAGCACGGUGGUGGAACCCAGCACCAUCACUACCCCUUUCAUCUUAAUUCCAGCUUUCACAGCCCUUCUCCAUACCCCUACCCCACAGAGAGAAGGCCUGUGGUGGGGGCUGUCAGCGUUCCAGAGCUCACUAAUGUCCAACUUCAGCAGGCGCAGGAGUACCCGGCCCCCAACAUCUUGAGGACACAGGUGUACCGGCCACCUCCUCCCUACCCUUACGCCCACCCUCGGCCCGCCAACAGCACACCAGACCUGUCGCGCCACCUGUAUGUCAGCAGCAGCAACCCAGACCUGAUCAUCACGCGGCGCGUGCACCACUCGGUCCAGACCUUCCAGGAGGACAGCCUGCCAGUUGCCCACUCCUUACAGGAGGUGUCUGAGCCACUCCUCCUAACUGGGAUCCCGCACAGACACCCACAUGCUCAGAAACGCAACUCCAUUGAGAUUGCUGGUUUGGCUUAUAAUCUAGAGGGGAUGAGGGUCAAAGAGAGGACUGUGUCCUCUUCAGCAGCUGAAACUGCCACACCCCCUCCUGUUCUACGUGGCGGUCCCUCCCAGGGCUCUCAGCUCAAUGUGUUCCUUGAGCGCACCAAAGCUGAAGACGGCGACUUGCACUACGGACACAAGAAGUCCCUCUCAGACGCCACCAUGCUUGUUCACAGCAGUGGGGAAGAGGAGGAGUUUGAAGAUGACAGUGGACGUCACACGCCACUUUCCCAAGAUGCAAUAGCAGCCAUUCAUCCUGACCAACAGCAAAAACAUUGCAGUUUGACUUCUCUCUCCUCUCUGGCGCAUCAACAACAGACUCCCAUAGAACCUCCGCCUGCAUACCCCAUAGGUUCCUCCCUGGACCCUGCUAUAACCAGCUCCUUAGCCUAUCAGGCUCACCCUCUGAUCCAGGAAGUAGAGUCUAUGUACCUGUUUUCUGAUCUGCGGCAGCCAAGGAUUAUGCCGUCUGUGUCAGAGGGAGACCUAAGCGGUCAGGCCAAGCAGAAGGUUAAAAAGGACUUCAAGAAGAGGCCUGUGUCUGAUGUACCUGCUGGGAGGAAGACCAUUGAUGGUUUGCCACCUCCGGGCAUGAAGAAGGGAGCCAGGUCAGAGGUGAAGAAGAUGGGCCCACUGAAGGUGGCAGCCCUCAAUGGCUUAUCAUUGUCCAGGCUACCAAUGCACGACGAGGGCAAGGAUGAGCCUGAAAAAGCCUCUAAUGAUGAGAGGUGUAAAGUGCUGGAGCAGCGGAUGGAGCAGGGCAUGGUUUUCACAGAAUAUGAGCAGGUCCCAAAGAGGCGUCCAUCAGGGGAGUGCACCAUCGCUCAGCUACCUGAGAAUGCAGAGAGGAACCGCUUUCAGGACGUACUGCCUUACGAUGACACCCGAGUGGAGCUAGUUCCCACGAAGGAGAACAACACAGGCUAUAUCAACGCUUCACAUAUAAGAAUAACAGUCGGUGGGCAUGAGUGGAGCUACAUUGCAUCACAGGGUCCUCUAACCAACACUUGUCAGGAUUUCUGGCAGAUGGUAUGGGAGCAGGGCGUCUCCAUCAUAGCCAUGGUUACUGCUGAAGAGGAGGGCGGGCGUGAGAAGAGCUUCCGUUACUGGCCCCGACUUGGCUCCCGGCACAACACGGUGACAUACGGCCGCUUCAAGAUCACCACGCGGUUCCGCACAGACUCGGGCUGCUAUGCCACAACGGGGUUGAAAAUCAAACACCUUCUGACUGGCCAAGAGAGGACUGUCUGGCACCUGCAGUACACAGACUGGCCUGACCACAGAUGUCCUGAGGACUUCAAAGGCUUCCUCACCUACCUGGAAGAGAUCCAGUCAGUGAGAAGACACACCAACAGCAUCAGUGAUCCAAAGAACACCAACCUUCCAGUGCUGGUCCACUGUAGUGCAGGAGUAGGCCGCACUGGAGUCGUCAUCCUGUCUGAGAUCAUGAUCGCCUGUCUGGAGCACAACGAGAUGUUGGAUGUCCCAACGGUUCUGAGCAUGCUUCGUCAGCAGAGGAUGAUGAUGGUUCAGACCAUCUCCCAGUACGUCUUCAUCUACAAGGUCCUCAUCCAGUUCCUCCGCAACUCUAGGCUCAUCUGAGCACAAAGCUCCAGCUCACCCUUCAGGGUGUCUCUCAUCUUUCCAGACAGUCUUUUGUCACAGGUGACAGCAGAGAUGAGUUUCCCUGAGGUUUAUUGAUAAACCAUAAUGGUGCAACUGUAGAGAUCAGUUCCAACAGAAAAGGUUGGUAUGUGGUGGGACCCUGGUCACACCCUUUCUCUAAGUAUUAAAGACUGAUGAAGAAGCAUUGCCACUUGAAGGAGCAUGAAGACUAACAGUACACCCUGCCUCUUAGCAGUAUUAUUUCACUGUCGUUUUUUACACUGCAUUAUUACUAUAUAAAGCCCAGCACUUUUUCAGUACCUUGCUGUACAUAAUGAACCAUGAUUAAGCUGCAGUACACAUUUAUAUUGAGAUUGGAUAUUGCACUCAAUAUAUUUACAUUUGAUCAGUUUCUCUAGAUGAAUGUUACUGAAUUGCGGUUGGCGGUAACCUUUGACUCUGACAAUGAAAGACUUUUUUGAGUCAUUAAAGACAGCUGUGACACCGUCACGCCGCCAGAAAAUGACAGUAAAGAUGUCUCGUAUGAAGGUUUAUCUUGAGUGCGGAGCCCACACGUCCCUCAUUCUAACAUUGCCAUGUGGCAGUUGGUUGUACAGAUGGAUACUUUUCCUUUGGACCUGUUAGACUUACUUUGAUGGUGAUGUUUAUAAUAACAGUUAAGUUAUUGCAGUGUCUCAGGUAUUCACCAAAGAAUCCUUCCUACCCAAUUUCCAUCACAUUCAUCUGUAACAAUCAUUAUGUUUGGAAAUCCCCAUAACAGAUUUUUUUUCUUUCCCUUAAAAGAAAAAAAAAUUUGAAUACACAUUGAGCAUUUUACUCUAAUAGAUGAGUUUUUCUAUACAUCUUUUUGAAAUGGCAUUCCCUUGCAUUAGGAAAAUCUCACUGAAGUGACCGUAGGGUCUUGAAUCAGUUCAUCUGGAUACAUUUAUUGACAAACGUUUUAUCACUCAUCUAAGUGACCUCUUCAGUCUAAACUGACUGCAGGUAUCCCCACCCUUAGUGGCAUAAUGACCGAAACCAACGAUCGUUUUCAUUGCGAAUAUGGGCGUGACCAUUGACAGUUUCAUAUUUGCAUAUGAAACUGAUCAUUGGUUUCAGCUGUUAUGCAACUGUGUCGUUUAUAAGGGUGGGGAUACCUGCACUCAGUUUAGACCAAAUAGGUUACUUAGAUGAGUGGUGAAACAUUUCUGUCUAUAAACGUUGUAUCCAGGCAUCCGGGUAGCGUAAGCGGUCUAUGCCAAUGUCUACCAACACGGGGAUCGCCGGUUCGAAUCCCCGAGUUACCUCCAGCUUGGUUAGGCAUCCCUCCAGCCGGAUGUGGGUGUGUCCUGGUCGCUGCACUAGCGCCUCCUCUGGU